AUGGCUUUUUGCCCGACGGAAGAGAAAAUAUAUGGCUACGAAGACUCUCGGUUUGAGAAAGAUGUCGACGAAAAUUUUCACUGUUCUAUUUGUCGCAAUGUUCUCAAAGACCCAAGGAUGUGCAGAAAUAACGAACACAUCUUUUGUCUUGCCUGUAUCAGUGAACACCUACGUGUGAACUCUCAAACUUGUCCUGAAUGCAGCGAGCAUUUGAGCGUAGAUACGCUUCGUAGAGCACGUUUAGCGAGUAAUUAUUUGUCUAAGCUCAAGAUAAAUUGUGAUCAUGUCAGUCGAGGAUGUGCUGAGUUGACCUGUCUUGAAAAUCUCGAAACUCAUGUGGCAAGUUGUGACUAUGCUCCUGUGUUGUGUUCAAAUCCAGAGUGUGGUAUGGUCAUCAACAAACGAGAAAGAGUUUAUCAUGAGACUGAAAUUUCUCAGUACCGGAAAGUGAAGUGUCAUGACUGUGGACAGAUACAGGAAGAUCUGGGAACAGUGAAAAGAAGUUUAAAGGAACUGAAUGGGAAAGUGGAAGCAGCACAUAAAGAGAUGAAGAAAACUGUGGGAACAUUGGAAGCAAGUUUAAAGGAAUUGGAUGGGAAAGUGGAAGCAGUGAAGAACAGCCAAGGUCAAACAAGGCAAGACCAACGGGAAAUUAAGAAAGAAGUAAGAGAUGUAAAAGAAAAUAUUUCAAAAGUGAACAAGCACGUGGACAAAGUCCAAGUGAUUACGAGUAAAGUGUUAGAGAAGUUAAAUAUGCUUGAACAGCUUAACAAACUGCCAUCUCCGACUGAGGGAAUGUUGAAGACACCAAGAGAAGACAUUUUGAUUGCAGGUGGUCGAGCACUUUCGAAUAACAGUACUGAAAUAUAUUCCUGGGAGAAGAAUGGUUGGUUUGAGGUGUCAACAAUGAAUAAAGGACAUUGUGGAGCUUCAUCAUUUAUUUAUAAUUAUCGGUUAUUUGUUGUUGGGGGAGCGGGUACUAAGACAAUAGAGACAUUGGAUCUCAAUGAAUUGCUUUUGAAAUGGAUGAAAUAUCCUGGAAAACUUCCUUAUCGGGGUGAUGAUCAUCAAACCGUUGCUUACCAACAGCGUAUCAUUCACAUUGGUGGAUAUAAUUAUGAUCCAAGAUGGUCUGACAUGAUCAGUGAAUUGCAACUUACCUCACCUGUCAGUAUGAAAAAGUUGUGUCAAAUGCCUGAUUCACGAUCUCGUCAUGGUGCUGAGACGUUUGAAGAUAAAGUCAUGAUUUUGGGAGGGGAAGAUCGUAACAGUCGUCCUUUAAAUAGUGUGUUGGAGUUUGAUGUAAAGAAGAAUGAAUGUAAGGAGAUGCCACCAUUACCACAUCCCGUGACGAGAAUGGCAACUGUUCGCUGGAGAGAUCAAGUAGUUGUGCUUGGAGGACGUGGUAAGCAUCGUCAAGCUCUGAAUGAUGUUUUCAUGUAUGACUGCAAGACGAGCAAGAUCACAGCUUUACCAUCCAUGUUGGAGAAGAGAUUUGGAUGUUGUGCAGUUAUUACUGGAAAUACCAUUGUAGUGAUGGGAGGUCAGAAUGAGAGAGAUCUCAAUUCAGUGCAAUGUUUUACAAUAGGAGGUUCUACAUGGGAGUAUCUGCCUGCCAUGAAUAAAGCCAGGUACGGAGCAAUUGCUGAAGUUUUAUCUCCCACAAGAAAAUAUGUGUAAGUUUGACACUUAGACAUACUGUUAAAUGUUUAUUCAAAAUAAAUAAUGCUUAAGAUUGUCUGAGAAGUCUUAGAACAGGACAAAUCUCUGGUUUUAACCACCUAUAAGAGGGAAUUCUUGACUAAGGUAAUGUUAUACAGAGUGUCUCAACAAAAGGUAAUCUCUGUUUGGCAUGGUAUUGUGUGUUAGGUAUUAGUUAUGUAGAUAUUUUUUCUACACCAAUAAAAAAAUCAGGCCAUUAGUUGUAGACGAUCGGCCUACAGGUCAAGGGCCACCUAAAGCAAAUCUCUGUUUGGCAUGUUAUUGUGUAUUAAGUAUUGGGUUAUAGAUACUUUUUCUUUACCAAUCAAGAUCAGGCCAAAUUAGUUGUCAAAUCAUACUUUUUUGUGCCUUUGCGAUCAAACAUGACCAAAUAUGAUCAGAUUUAAACCCGUUGAAUGCCAUUGCCCUCCCCUUGACAAGUAAAAUCAUCUGGCAAUAGGCAGAGUAAAUUAAUAAAGUAUAGACACGUUGCAACUUUAAUCGGUUAACUAGAUGCAUAUAGGUUCUGAUUUACCUUGGGCACAGCAAUUAAAAUUAAAUAGUGUGCAUUAGGCACAAUGCAACUUAAUGGGUUAAAUGCAGACUGGUCGAAAUAACAUUUUCCCACCAAUCAGAAUUGCCUGUAAAACUAUAUUCUUUAUAUAAAGAAUACUAAUAAGGCAGUAUCUAUUGUAGUCGUGUCCUCAUUAGUAUUCUUUAUAUAAAUAAUAAUUAUAAGGCAGUAUAUCUAUUGAAUUUGUAGUCGUGUUUGAAGCCGUUUAAUAAACUCGCAGGUCGUAUUUUAUUAGGUCUAAAGUCACUCGCGCUGCGCGCUCGUGUCUUUAUACCUGAUAAAAAACUCCUGCUCGGUUAUUAAACAGUACAGAAUUUAAGUUCUUUGUAUGUUUGCAUGGCGAUAAAACAUAUAUAAUAGUUUUGUGGAGUAAUAAAAGUUAGUUUAGUUUUUUUUGCAGUAAUAAAUUUAUGUGGUGUUUCCACAAACAAAACUAUUAUAGUACAUAAUUUGUUGCAGUAUUUUAUACACAGUUGGCGUUUACCCUCUUCCACUACAUGUUAGCGCAUGCGCCUUUAUGAGCGGAUAUUUACGAUAUUUUUACGAGUCAAAAUUGCCGUUUAUAAACCGCAUUGGGGUCCAGCUAUUUUGCGGGCCGCGGGCUGCGGGUCAGUUUUUGCGGGCUGCGGGUCAAAACAAUUGCGGGCCGCGGGCCAAAUUGCUGGCCUAACUAAUUUUUUGUUGCAUGCCAUAAAUGGCAUGCAACUUUCAUUAGUGAGCGUACCGGUCACGUGGCAAAUUCGUAAAAUACGACAAAUACCGAGUUUUUCCGACGAGCAUUUCAUCACUCAUGCUCGAGGAAAGGCAAAGAAAAAUGUUUGAGUGUUCGCGGAAAAUUUACAUAAUUGAGCGCCUUUAAAAAUAGAUCAAGGUAGAUAAAGCUUUGCUGGUUUUAAUUUUCCUUAUAUUCUGUUAUUUGUUGUGAUUCUGGAGCAGUUGUGCUCGCAAUAAAAUAUUAAUCAUAAAAUGAAUGAUUAUUUAUCAGUCGUUUUUAGUGUGAAGUUUCACUUCACACUAUUGUGAUGGCUGGCGAAUUCACACGAAUCAGUCAGUCAGUCAAACAGUCAGUCAGUCAGUCAGUCAUAGAGUAAACUUUCCGGGGGGUGUAUACGAUUUAUGUUCGUAGUGAUUUAUUGUACUUAGUCAGUACUUUGAAGGUUAUUGAGGCAAUUUCAGUUAACUUAUUUACAUAUUCUGUUAUCUUUUUGCCAAGUUCACAAAAAUUUCGAGGAAUCGCUUUCGUUAUUGUAAUUUUUUGUAAAUUUUAGAACAUUCGCUUCUCAUGUUGUGUAAAGGAUCUUUACCCCGGAACACCCGAUUUUUUCUUUAGUAGCGCAAAUGCGCAUGCGCUAUCAAGCCGUAGAUCACGAUGGCGUGACGAUAUGCUAGGAAGGGGUGACAGUGUUGUUUUCAGAUGUAUAAAGACUUCAGACGUGAAUAUUGUCUAAAUCUUUGAAAAUCUACGCAAUAUAUAAAUUGAUUUUAUGCAUUACGGGCGUUCAAUUAAGUGCCGAUAAUAUUUAGACGGUAUGUUCAUUAUACAGAGCUAUGAAGGAGCUAGACCGCCUAGACAGUGCAGUCAAGUGUGUAAACAUUUCAGACGUAAAUAUUGAGUUGAAUAUCUUGAUUCUUAGGCAUUCAUUUGAGUGCCGAUAUUAUUUUCACGGUAUUCUCAUUAUACAGAGGUACAGUACGUAGGCAGAAGCGAGACAGUGUUGUUUUCAAGUAUAUAAAGAUUUCAGACGUGAAUAUUGAGCACAUCUUUGAAAAUCUACACAAUAUAUAAAUUGAUCUUAUGCAUUACGGGCGUUCAAUUUAAUAAGUGCCGAUAAUAUUUCGACGGUAUAUUUGUUAUACAGAGCUAGGAAGGAGCUAGACUGCCGCCUAGACAGUGCAGUUAAGUGUAUAAACAUUUCAGACGUAAAUAUUGAGUCGAAAAUCUUGCUUCUAGGCAUUCAAUUGAGUGCCGAUAUUAUUUUUUCACGGCAUACUCAUUAUACAGAGGUCAUUGUCUGUAGUACGUGCAGGCAGAAGCGAGACUGCCGAGACAGUGUUGUUUUCAAGUAUAUAAACAUUUCAGACAUGAAUAUUGAGAAAAUCUUUGAGAUUCUACGGAAUAAUAGUAAUACAAUAUAUAUAUUAAAAAUUGAUGUUAUGCAUUACCGUCGAUAUUAUUUAGACCGUGUAUUCAUUAUACAUUCUCAUUGACUGUAUAAGGUGCUACAUCACAGAAUAGAUGGCUAUACUCAGUACAAAGAGCGAAAAAUUGCAUCAGAUUUGUAUCAGAUCAAUAUUAAAGGCAUAAAUUCAACACAUGCGAAAAGCUGAAAAUAGACACGCGUCACACUGGGAAAAGUCAAAGGUCAAUGAAACUUGUUAUUGUGAAACAUGUCACAAUUAAGUUAAAAUGCGGAAGCGGAUAGAGCGGAUCCACGGAACGGAUAUGCGGAUAAAAUACGGAACGGAUGAGGAUAAAAUGCGUCUCUUAAUGAUGUAACGACGUAGUGCUUAUUAUUCAUAACAUAUCUUAUCCAACUAUUUCAAUUAUAGUUUAUUAGAUAAAUUUAGCAUAGCAGUAGUCUCGUGGGGAUGCUUUCAGCGACAGCUGCAAAUGCAAAUGAAAAUUUAGAAUAAGCAAAAUUUGGUUGUUGGUGACACAAUAAAUAGAUGAAUUGCAUCAGUUUCACAAGGCACGUUUCUGAUGUGUUAGGCUUGUUUCAAACGUCACCCUACUCGUGUGCCGAGCGUAUUAAAAGCAAUAAAUAAUGAGAUGAAAUGCCUUUGGUAACUGUUUAUUUCGUAGUGUAAGCCAUCAAGCUUUUCUAGGUUGUCGGCGACCCUAUAUAGUUCUCGCAGUGUCUUUUUAAAUUUGAAACUUCACACUAUCCUUGGAUCCCUAGUUUAAAAUAAGUUAUGGUUAGGUUAGGGUUUAGGUUAGGGUUAGAGUGAGGGUUAGUAUUAGGGUCAGUGUUUAGUUUUGCGUUAGGAUAGUUUUUUCUACGUUAUAAAAAUGGAAACGUUAUUUUGAAGUAUACUAUCUAGCGAUCACCCCACCUUAAUAGGGCCCCGACUUGAGAGCGAGAGGCUAAAAUUGAAUAGGUUCUUCAAAUUGGUAAGAGCAUUUCCGAAAUUGAAGGCCCCUUACAGUACCUCCACAUGCAGUCUAGCUAAGGUCUAGUUGGGUCUAGCUUAAAAAUAAUGCUGUCAUGCGGUCCCCAGGGAAGAAUUGCCCCCGGCCCCGCGAAUUCUCUCUGCGGUCCUGCUUGACAUACUUUUAGGUGACAAUUCUGAAAACAGUGUUUCUUUCCAUUUUAUAGAAGCAAUCUCACUCUAGCUGAUUAUAAUCUAGGUGAGUCCCGCCAAGAUUACCAACAAUUAUUGUAAUCGAAAAGCAUUGAUUGCAUUAUGAUCAACUUGAAUAACAUUGUUUUUGUAGGAAAUCAUCGUUUAGAAUUGACAACCUUCUUUCAUCCAACGUAUUGUACUGUUUGUAAAAAUUUACUCUGGUUAGUAGUUAAAUAUUUGUACACGUUAGACUAAAUCAAUGAAGAAUGAACUACGUAUUUAUUUAUUUAUUUAUUUAUUGUGCUUUGCCAAUUUCACACAAUCUGUACAAAUACAAAUACAAACACAAGAAUAUACAACCUAUCAAUCAUGGCAGAGUAUAUGCUACAGCUUACGCCAAUUACAGCAGCCCUUAUAAACGAACAUGACACAUUCUUCAUUGGAUCUUUAGUAAUAUAAAAAGGCCAGUUUGCACCCAGGAAAACCCUAAUGCUGUAUUUAUACACAUACUGUAUACACACAUGCAUCAAGAUGAACUACGCGCAUAGUUUGUCUUCACGGAUGAACCAUGAUUUGCCAUGAUUAUUCACGAACGAAUUAACAGACGAACCAUCUUCUCUCUGCCCAAGUUCGCUCAUCUGCCAUUAGUGUUAAUGACGCCGUGCAAUAAUGACUUUGGUUUGUUCUUUUGUCUCAGGGGUUUGAUCAACCAAGGGUAUACAUGCAAAGGUAUUUUUUAAGAUGGUCUAAAUUGUUUAUAUUCCAGUCAGCAAAUACAUGAUAUACUACACUGUACAUUAAUUAAUAUUUUCUCUCCAGCAUGUAAUCACGUGUGUCACAAAGACUGUAUAGAGAGAUCUCCCGUAUGUAAAUCAUCAAAGACUGCAAGUGGAAAGAGAAAUACAAUGGUGAAACAGACGUCAGAACCCGUACCUCCCAACAGCCCGCCAUUACCGCCAAGAUUAAGAAAUAAAUCUGAACCUGUUAUCCCUUCUUGUAAGUUUAAGCUAACUAUAUUUUUUCUGGAUAGCCCUACCAGUUCUAUAAAUUUUUCAUCUUGGGGUUCCAGUAAGGAUCAUCUCUUAAUGAUCCAGUGUUACUACAGGAGGAAACCUAGACUAAACUAACUUUAUUUAUACUGAAUAGCUCUAUCAGUUCUAAACUGUUCUUCCUAGAGGUCCAGUAAGGAACAUCUCUUCUUGAUCCAGUGUUACUACAGGAGGAAACCUAAACUAAACUAACUUUAUUUAUACUGGAUAGCUCUGUACUGUUCUUUCUAGAAGUCCAGUAAAGACCGUAUAUAAUUGAGCCAGGGCCAUCCUGUAUUUAACCGUAAAUUAGGGUAAUAUAGAGAAAUAAACUUGUAUUUGUUGUCUAUACAGGGACUCCGUCUGCUGUAGUGGCGAUAACCAGGUAUAAACAAUUUUAAAUUUAAUUGAACACUGCGACUCUCUGGUAGCAAGAAGCACUUUGCUUAAAACUGUUUGUAGUCAUUGAUGACUUUGUUUCUCUAGGUUUCAUGGCUGGGCUCCAGGCAAGAAAGACAGAUUGACGUUUGAAGCAGGAGAAGAGAUUGAUGUUAUCACAAGCAGUGACCCGGAGUGGUGGGAGGGGAAAUCAAGGAAAUCAGGAAAACAAGGAUACUUUCCAAGGAAUCAUGUAGAAAUUCUCGAUGAUCGUAACAGAAAAGGAUUACAGGUACUUCUUCAUUUCCAAUGUGGGCAUGAACCAUUUAUCUCUGUGACUGAGGUGCCAUUCCUGUAAUAUGCAGUUGUCUCAUUAUGAAUAUUUAUAAUGUGAGAAGAGUGCUUCCAGUCUGACUCUGUCACUCCUGCAGUAACACUGAAACUAAUAGGGAAUUACUCUUCUUCGACCUCUGGCGAGAACAGUUUAGAAAUGAUAGAGCUAUCCAGUAUAAAUAAAGUUAGUUUAGUUUAGGUUUCCUCCUGUAGUAACACUGUAUCAAUAAGAGAUGAUCUUUACUGGACCUCUAGGAAGAACAGUUUAGAACUGACAGAGCUAUCCAGUAUAAGUAAAGUUAGUUUAGUUUAGGUUUCCUCCUGUAGUAACACUGGAUCAAUAAGAGAUGAUCCUUACUGGUCCUCUAGGGAGAACAGUUCAAAACUGACAGAGCUAUCCAGUAUAAAUAAAGUUAGUUAAGUUGAGAUUAAAGUGAUAAAUAAUGCUAAAUUAUUUCAGGAUUCCGAAGUGUUCUUUAUACGUAAUCAGAAACGUCACACUAUCUCGCUGUCCAGUAUUAGUGAUACCGAAGGCUCGCAUGAGCCUUCAACACAGGACAGUCAGUUAAUCAGCGGUCAUCAUAAAAUUGUCGUAAGUUAUAAAAGUCCUAAAACAUACGGUAACUAAUUUAAAAUAAUUGAAAUCAAUAAAUUCAUAUAUCCUUAUAUACUUAAAAAGAUUAUAAUUGGUACUGCCGUAUUAAUAUUGGAGAUUUUGUUUAUGAUUGUGUAAUUAUCGAGUAAAACCUUGGAUAUCAAAGCUUUCAAUAAUUUAUAGCUUAAUUUAUGUUAAUUAAAUAUAUUGAUGCCUGCACCCUGCCUGCACCUCUAUUAUAUAUCAACAUAUUUAAUGAAAUGAUUUUAUAACUAAUAUAAAACCUGGUAUUUCCCAGUAAUUUGAAACAUUUUUAGUUUACAAUGUCGCGAAUGUUUUCUCAUAAUUUGCUUAAUAUAAUACCUAAAAUCAACUUCACACCGUAGUGAACUACGUAAAACUGGAUUUAAAAUUUAAACACAUGACACAUGAAAUGAAAGACGAGAGUUUUAUUGCAAGGUUUCUCGUGAUAAUAAAGGCUUGGUUUUAGUUACUUUUUAUGACAGAGCUAUCCUCAGAGGAGGUUGUCCUCGGAGGUUAUAAAAAAUCGCUUUAAAUGCUUAUUGUCUUUUCUUUUUUAGAGAGAUUUAACGAAGUAUGAAAAAAGUUCUGAUCUUCCACCAACGUGAGUUUAUAAAGCUCUGGUCAGACGAGAGUUGAUGAGAGUUGACGGGCUAUUACCACGCGCAGCAAAAACUUUUGUGAAGUCGCAUCAAUAUUUGAAGUAGCUCAAAGUUUUGGUGACUGUUGAAUGAAAGAUGGUGGUGGCAAGCUGGGACUCUCAUCAACUCGUUGAACCAGGGUUAAUAAGUCCCAAGAAUAUUUCCCCAAGCGUACAGAAAAUGCUCUCUCCUCCCAUUUGCUUUCUAACUAUUCACACAUUAAUCUUUGAAAAUUAUCUUUAUAGAACUGAAGAAAAUGUUCCCAUUGAUGAAAUUGACCUGACGAAAUUCAAAUGGUUUGUAAAAAAUGUUUUUCUAAGAUUGUAAAAGACCUUGAUUCCUGCAUAUUUAGUUGUCUCAUUGUUAUUUCACCUCAGUCACAUGUGACCAGAGUGCUUCCAGUUUGACUCUAUCAAACACCACAGGUCUUGUCCAGGCACUUCUGACCCUUACAGACGUUACUGGACUUCUAGGAAGAACAGUUUAGAACCAGUGAACUCCAUGGAAUAAACUGAGCUCCCUGUUCAGAAUUGAAAGAGCUGUCUAAAUAAAGUCAGUGUAGUUAAGCUAACGCGAAUUAUGUAAAUAUCUCAUCAGGUACGUAUGCAAGAUGGGCAGGGACGAAGCGAAAGACCUUUUAGAAAAGACAAGUGAUGGAACGUUUCUUGUUCGAGAGAGUACGACUGUUCCUGGACAGUAUGCCUUGAGUUUAAAGUAAGAAAGUAUACGUUACUACAGUAAAUUACAAUCCCAAACUCAUUAAUAAUUCAUGAUAAAUCAGCCAUAUUGCUUUAUUUUGCUUACAUGAUAAUACUGGAUACCUGAUGAAGUACAUUGAGCCAGUCGUAUGACUGUGUCAAAAUGAAUUCAGUCCUAGGACUGGAUCAAAAUUAAUUCACCUCUCUUUAAGUAUUGAUUUAUUCGUAUGAGAUGUCAUUUCAAAUCCUCCAAUUCGGACUGGACUAUAGAUUUUGAGUCCUCGUAUUUUUAUCCAGUAUGAGUUUGAUGAGAUGCAGUGAUUUAUACGGAUGCAUUUAUUAUAAAUACGAGAUUUUUAUUCAUUAAAAGUCAGGCUGCGCUUACGUGGGCAAGUAUCUCAGCAGUGUGUGAGAAAUAAUGAACGAGAAUGAAAAAUACCAGAAAAAGUGGAAGCACUUCCUGUUGAAUGAUUUCAUGUCAAUAUUUUUAACAUAACGUCAAUGUCCGCUUUCCUUCUAGACAUAAAUACACCGUGAAACAUAUCAAGAUUGUGAUGUCAACAGGAAUGUUUUGUCUCACCGCCCUGAAACUCUUUCCUUCUGUCGCGGUAAGCUCAAUCUCGUCCCACACGCUACGGUACAAAGCCCCGAGGUUGCCUCAACUGGAGGUUGAUUCAGUUUUGCAUUUACCACAAUUUAAAUACAGCAAAUUCGUACUCUGAAGCGAUCCUUACAUUCCUAUAAUCUUAACCAUUAUCCUAAAGCCACUUUUCCACUUCAAGCAUACUGUACCGAAACGUAUCAAAAACGUUUUUAAAUUUCCAAAUUUAGUGAAUAUUGAUUGGUUAGUACUUCCGUAGUACGCCAAAAAGUUGACUUGCGACGAACUUUUCAUUUUGAUACGCGAAUACACCCGGAAGUACGCGGAUUUAUCAAUCUCUUUUCAAUCUACGCUAGGGAUGAGCCGAUAAGGAAAAUUGCCGAUUACUGAAGCCGAUUAUUUAUAAGCCGAUUAUUGUAACUAAUCGGCCGAUUAAUCGGUACCCACCGAUUAGUUUAAAAAGCAAGCGAAAAAUCACAAGAUGACCAACAAUGAAGUUGUAAAUGUGGUUUUAUUGUUUACAAUACACACUUUGUACAAUUAAAAACAGCUUCAGUCUCUCAUGUCAAUAGUCAAAGUUUAGUUUUGGCAGAUUAUGGUGUAAAAACAAGACACUGUCAGCUAUGCGGAGCUAGUCUUCUGCGUUUUUUUUAGUGGAAAUGUUCCCAGCUUCACUUCGCUUGAGACAAAAGACACAGGUUUUGCAACAAAAUGUGAAAAUCUAUUCGCUUGUAUUCAGUAUUUUAGCAUGUGAUUGGCAGCUGCAGAAAAAGUCUUAUGGCCGAUUAUCAGGCAAUAAUCGGCCGAUUACCGAUUAUUUAAAAAACGGCCGAUUAAUCGGCUUUGCCGAUUAUUUACCGAUUAAUCGCCUCAUCCCUAAUCUACGCAUGCUCACCAGUACGUUUCGGUACGGUACUGUACGCUUGAAGUGGAAAACCGGCUUAACUCUCACCUUAACCCUAGACCUUACACUUUUCCCAAUUCCCUAACUGCUCCUGGUUAAAUCUAAAUAAAUGUUUAAACAUUUGCACUCACAAUUUUCAUCUACAAAAUCCUCCUUCCUGUCCCCAACCUGUCUUUAAUCUUAACUUUAAUAUUCCUCGCUGUGAACUAACUUUGUUUCAUUGUUUAGACUCUGAUCGACUACUAUCGGAAUAAUACCCUAGGGGUCAGUUUUCCUGGGUUAGACACGUGCUUGACACGCGGAGUUAACGAAGCAAGACGUGAGUCGACAUCACAAAGUAAGGGGAGCCCUGGAAACUAGUUUGACUUUGACACAUUGAGUUCACUGAUCACACAGUGUUAGUACGAUUGACAUCACCACGUUACAAGCGAAAGUUUACACCAGAGGUUUCUCAACUCUCAUGUCGUGUUCAUAUAUCUAUAUAUCAUUACAGCAAACCCCUCAGUAUUGAGGAUUAUUAGCUGGGGUCAGCAGACAUGUUGCUAACCCAAAGAAAAAGUUAAUAAUAAUAAACUAUUUAAAGUUAAGAUAAUGAAAAGUUAAAUAAUAGAAAAACUAUAAAAAAAACCUAGAGCGGUCCCGAGCCGAGAUCGAGAGCUCCAGCGAAAACAUGAGUUCCAUGAGAGUUGACAUCAACUGUCAUCGAAAUUUGAACCGGCUGAAACUGGAUGAGAAUUGAUGUGUUGAUGAGAGAUUGCCAGAACAGCCUGUUUCAUACAAGAGGAGUCAUCAGGUGGCUCAGAUCCUCUUGUAUGAAGAAAACCGUUAUAUCUGCUCAAUCUAAAUUAUAUCGAGCACUCUUUAGCAUUUCGUGCUAGAAACAUUCUUCUCGCAUGUGACUGAAAUGAAAUUAUAAUGAAACAACUAGAUAUUGCAGGAGACCUAGUCACAGAGCUGGCACAUACACAGCUAACCACACUGAACCAUCCUUGCUUUUUUCCUGACGUUAAUGUUCUCUUCUGUAGUUGUUUGUUAUGCCCGGGCGAGAUACGACUACGAGGCGAGAGACCCAAGAGAAAUAUCAAUUAAAGUAAGUUAGAGUUUAAUGUAAAAAGUUAAAUGACGACAGCUAUCUAGUAUACUAUCAUACAUAACCUUAUUAUUGUUGCGCGAAUUAAUUGGCACCUGAGUAUAGUGACCAAAUGCAUGGCAGAUAUUAAAUCUGAUGCUUGUGGUUAUUUAGAAAAACAGUCGAAUUUUAGUCAUCAACAAAGAUGGGGAAUGGUGGAAAGGCGAGAAUGAAGAGGGUCAGGUAUGUUUGUUUGUGUGUUUGUAGUAAAGGUUGUAUCUACCUAUCUGAAUCAAGUAUCUAGCCCAUGAACACCGCAGAUUUUCUCAAUGUACUGCGCUUUCCUCCUGUAGUAACACUGGAGCAACUGGGCCUCUAGGGAGAACAGUUUAGAACUGAUAGAGCUAUCCAGUAUAAAUAAAAUUAGUUUAGUUUAGGUUUCCUUCUGUAGUAACACUGGAUCAAUAAGAGAUGAUCCUUACUGGACCUCUAGGAAGAACAGUUUAGAACUGAUAGAGCUAUCCAGUAUAAAUAAAGUUAGUUUGGUUUAGGUUUCCUUCUGUAGUAACACUGGAUCAAUAAGAGAUGAUCCUUAUACUGGACCUCUAGGAAGAACAGUUUAGAACUGAUAGAGCUAUCCAGUAUAAAUAAAGUUAGUUUAGUUUAGGUUUCCUCCUGUAGUAACACUGGAUCAAUAAGAGAUGAUUCUUACUGGACCUCUAGGAAGAACAGUUUAGAACUGAUAGAACUAUCCAGUAUACAUAAAGCUAGUUUAAUUUAGGUUUCCUCCUGCUGCACUGGAUCUUACACUAGCUAAAAUUUUAUCCUUUUUUUACAGGUUGGAUUCUUUCCUUCAAAUUUCGUUCAAGCAACGAAUGGUGAUUUCCAUAUUAGUUAACCGCUGUUCAGAUGAAUCGUCGUUGCACAUGUGCAUUCACUAGCGCCAGUCCUCCGCCCAGUUACGCCUGUAGUAAGAUUGUACAGCGUUAAGUUUUAUUAGAACUCUGUUUUAUUAGAGCGAAUAUAAGGGCGAGAAUUCAAGGCGUGUUGGGCGUUUCAGAAAGAUAUAUUUUUAUGGCGAAUUUUUAGGCUUAGUCGGCGUAGAUGGUGGUGACCUCAAGAGCAAAAAAAACUUUAGGAGCAAAGCAAAUUAAACUACAUCUUUCGAUUUUAUUUAUUUGCCAACAAAUACAAGAUUACUCCAUCUAAUGAAAAGAAUGAACAUUAUUUUCUCGCUCUGAUAACUGCAGGUUGACCAUCAUCUACUCCACGAUAGUACUUUGUAAAACCUACAUUUAGAAGUUUUGUCAAACUGUAUAGAUUUUAGACUCAGUUAUAAUUUUUAUCGCGCGAAAAAUAAUGUACUUAUAUAUACAGUAUUUAUAACGAGUUAGCUAUGAGGCGAGUUAGUUCGUUUUUCUCCAAAUCAUUUAGACAGACACUAUGUAAUUACGUAAAUUCGCAAUUUCCUGGGGUGAAAAUAUGUUUGAUUAGAGUUUAUGUAGGAAAUGUAAUAUUAGGCCAUAUAAAAUAAAUUCCCUGAUUCUCAUCGCUAAAUUUUAAAAACUACCAGGACGCGGGAGGUUUAUAUUUUAUAUUUUAUGUCAAAAUAUAAAAAAAAAGUUUAAAAUUUAGAAAAUUGGAGAGGGAGGUCUUUUUAUAUUUGCCCUUAAAUAUAUUAUAGAAGAACGCUAUAUAAGUGGAUAAUUGCACAUGCGCUAAUGAACAUGCAUAAGGGUCCACACCACUGAUCUGAAAUUUCAGAUCAGUGGUCCACACAAAUCGUUGUAAUAAGGCUAUAAGCCCAUUUUUUCCUUCAUUAUUCCAAGCAUCCCUUAACAUGUUGCAAUAUUAACGAUAAAACAAUUUUAUAUCGCAAAAAUUCCAAUAUAAAAUAUAAAAAUAACUAAAUCUCUGAAGAUGCUCGGUCAGGCGGUAAAUUUAUAUUUUAUAACAAAAUACAAAAAUAUAUCAACGCGGAAACCAAAAUAUCGUCGGGCGGUGAUGAGAAUCAAGGAAUUUAUUUUAUAUGACCUUAUAGCAAUUUAAUUAGCGUGCAACGAAAUAGGUUUUGAGAAAUUGUAAAAGAGCUACGUUUGACAAAAUUAUCAAUUUAUACUAAAAAGAGGUCAUAUUCUUGUAUAGGAAAAAGGUCCUCUGCGCAUGUUCAGAAAUGUAGUUUUGUUGCAAUGUGGAAGCAAUUUUUAGAACUCGUGUAUAAAUACUACAGCCAAGAGAAUAUGAUAAUUUGUAUAUAGCACUUCGAUUAUAGUCGAUUUCUUACAAUAAAUGGUGGUAUGACAAUUAUUUAGAGGUGUUUUUAACUCAAUAUAAUAAACGUCGAGUGUAUAGUUGAUAACAUUUCGUGACUUCGCC